AUGGCGAAGCUGGGCCCGGGGCAGGGGCUCGGGUGCGAGGCGGCGGAGGGGUCGCUCGUGCCCAACCGGAAGCAGGAGUACAAGCCCUGCGGCAAGCACACUGAGGGGAAGCGCCCGCUCUAUGCCAUCGGGUUCAACUUCAUGGACGCGCGCUACUACGACGUCUUCGCCACCGUCGGCGGCAACCGAGUAAGCCAUCGACUGCUCCCUCUUGUUGUCCUUCUUUGUUUCUUCCUGAGGUUUGGGGAGUUCUUGAUGAUGAAUGACAAGGUGACAACUUACCGCUGCCUUGAGAAUGGUAGUUUUGCUCUUCUACAAGCUUACAUUGAUGAGGAUAAGGAUGAGUCAUUCUAUACUCUAAGCUGGGCUCGUGACCAUGUUGAUGGCUCACCACUGCUGGUGGCAGCAGGAAGCAAUGGGAUCAUUCGGGUCAUCAAUUGUGCUACAGAGAAGUUAGCUAAGAGCUUUGUUGGCCAUGGUGACUCAAUAAAUGAGAUAAGAACUCAACCGUUGAAGCCUUCGCUCAUCAUUUCUGCAAGCAAGGAUGAAUCUGUUAGGCUAUGGAAUGUCCAUACAGGGAUCUGUAUCUUGAUAUUUGCUGGAGCUGGAGGUCAUCGCAAUGAAGUGUUGAGUGUUGACUUCCACCCUAGUGAUAUUGAACGCUUUGCAAGUUGUGGCAUGGACAACACUGUGAAAAUCUGGUCAAUGAAAGAAUUUUGGCUAUAUGUUGACAAAUCAUAUUCAUGGACUGACCUUCCAUCAAAGUUCCCAACAAAAUAUGUCCAGUUUCCGGUCUUGAUUGCUGCAGUACACUCUAACUAUGUUGAUUGUACAAGAUGGCUUGGUGACUUCAUCCUAUCAAAGAGUGUUGACAAUGAAAUUGUGCUUUGGGAACCAAAGACAAAAGAACAGAGUCCUGGGGAGGGAAGCAUUGAUAUUCUUCAGAAGUACCCUGUCCCAGAAUGUGACAUCUGGUUCAUCAAAUUUUCAUGUGAUUUUCACUUCAAUCAGUUGGCGAUAGCACAAUCCUUGGAGCUGGCGAAGAUGGCACCAUAUGGCGAUGGGAUGAAGUGGAUCAUCCAGGCUCCAAAAACUGAAGCAAGUGUUGCUGCUCUGCCACCAGUGGUAAUGCUGGACUGA